AUUAUAAACAAAGUCCACCAACCUCUAAAACCCUAAAAUUUGCUUUCCCCUCAAACAUCUCUUCAGCCUCUCUCCGCCAUUUUCAGUUUCUUGUGGCCACAAACCUUUUAUUAUCAUAAACCAAGAAACUGAUUUCCUUCUUCUUCAUUCAUCAUGCCAACAAUCAACGAUUCCACUACUAAAUCUGAAAAGAAACAAAAAAACAAAAGAAAGCUUCAAGACCCAGAACAAGAAGAAGCUGCUGAAAUAGUCCAAGAACCACCAAAAAAAGAAAAGAAAAAGAAGAAAAAAGAAAAGAGUGAAAAGAUUCAAGAUUUUGUUAAUGGGGAUGAAACCCUUAAUGGGUCUGAAGAAUUAAGUGAGAAAAAGAAGAAAAAGAAACAAAAGAAAGAAGCAGAAGAAGAAGAAAUCAAGAAAAUUGGUGUUGAUGAAGUUAGGGAAACUGAAGAUAAUGUUGUGGUUUCAGGGAAAGAUAUAAAUGAUAUAAAGUAUAAACCCUUGAAAUCUUUUUCAGAAUCAAAGCUAUCUGAUCAAUUAUUGGAAUGUUGUAAAAAUUUUAACAAGCCUUCACCAAUUCAGUCAAAUUCUUGGCCUUUUCUUUUACAUGGCCGUGAUUUUAUCGGUAUUGCGAAAACUGGGUCAGGGAAAACAUUGGCUUUUGGAAUACCUGCUAUGAAUCAUAUCUUGAAUAAGAGGAAAAAUAUGAAUGCCAAGAAAGUUAUUCCGCUUUGUCUCGCACUUGCACCGACACGAGAACUUGCUCAACAGAUUUAUGAUGUCAUAUCUGAGGCUGGGAAACCAAGUGGUAUUCGAUCAGUUUGUGUAUAUGGAGGAACUUCUAAAGGGCCUCAAAUAUCUGCUCUAAAAUCUGGCGUGGAUGUUGUUGUUGGAACUCCCGGGCGUUUGAAGGAUUUAAUAGAAAUGGGCGUAUUGCAGCUACAGGAGGUUUCUUUUGUGGUACUUGAUGAAGCAGAUCGGAUGCUUGAUAUGGGAUUCGAACCAGAAGUUCGAUCUAUUCUUAGCAAAACAAGUUCAGUUCGUCAAGUUGUAAUGUUCAGCGCAACAUGGCCUUUAGCAGUUAAUCAGCUUGCUCAGGAAUUUAUGGAUCCAAAUCCUGUUAAGGUUGUUGUAGGAUCAGAGGAUUUAGCUGCCAAUCAUGAUGUCAUGCAGAUAGUGGAGGUCUUGGAAGAUCGAGCACGUGAUGAACGUUUAGUUACAUUGCUAGAGAAAUACCACAAGUCAAGAAGGAAUAGAGUUCUGGUAUUCGUUUUGUACAAGAAGGAAGCAUCCCGAGUUGAGAAUAUGUUGCAAAGAAGAGGUUGGAAGGUUGUUUCUAUAAGUGGUGAUAAACAACAAAGGGCUCGUACCGAAGCUCUCCAGCUAUUCAAGGAUGGCACCUCUCCACUACUGAUAGCUACGGAUGUAGCUGCUCGAGGGUUGGAUAUUCCAGAUGUUGAAGUUGUAAUAAAUUACAGCUUCCCGUUGACCACCGAGGAUUACGUCCACAGAAUUGGAAGAACAGGACGUGCUGGUAAGAAGGGUGUUGCACAUACCUUCUUCAUGAAGGAAAAUAAGGCACUUUCUGGAGAGCUGAUAAAUGUUCUUAGAGAAGCAGGGCAAAAUGUACCUGCCAACCUUUUGAACUUUGGUACUCAUGUUAAGAAAAAGGAGUCAAAGCUGUAUGGAGCCCAUUUUAAAGAGAUAUCUGCAGAUGCACCUAAAGCCACCAAGAUUACAUUUGGCUCAGAUGAUGAAGACUAACUUACCAAAAACAAAAUUUCUCAAUAUUUUUUUGCUCAAAUAUUUUAUAAUUUAGUGUAAUAUCUGAAAUGAAAUGAUUUUGAUACUAUUAUUGCAGUUCAUCUAAUAGCAUCUAUAUGAUUAAUUUAA